CAGUUUGCCGUUGUAAGCGCUCGAGUUCGCACCGUUAAGUUUUACCAACAACUUCAGACCGGCGGCAAAAUAUCUUUAUCAAUAUAAACAUAAUUUUUAGUGAAUGUGUAAUCGGAUUUAUUAUUAUUAUUUCUUAAAAUUAAUUUAAAGUGAACGUAAAUCAUUUCUUUUGGAUGUUAGUACUCUUUGUGUGUAUGUUCUGCGUCGAUUGCGUCCAACCGCAAAGCGGUUUCAGUACAUAAGUAGUUCACUGGCCUAAGUAAAGGGCCGUCCAAGCGAAGAAGGAGUAUGAAAAGUCAGGUGGAAGAAACUCGAAACAGCAACACUUUCUUAGACCUUGCGGCCAUCCGAAGACUUCUCGACUCCGAAAAUGGACCCGGCACGUGCCCCAGCUGCGAUAUGCCCUUCGAUAAGGGCAAGAAAAGACGUCUAAUUGACAAUUGCGGCCACGAACGAUGCUACUCUUGUAUGUUCACCAACGAAUCGUGUCCGUUAUGUCUGAACCCGGCUUUAUUAAACGUGAUGCCUUCUGCGAACAGAAUGGGAUGUUCUGGAUUAAGAGGAUCGGAAAUAACUUUAUACGGAGAAAUAAGCCCUCAACAAACGGGAUCGGAGAAAUCUUGGGAAUACACACCAAGAUCUAAAGUAAAAACGAACGGUCACUUCACAAAUUACAUGCAAACUCGAGAAGUCAUCUCUCCUGAAGGUCACCCGGAGAAGCUUCCAAAAACGAAACCAAGAAGUCGCCUGGAUCAAGGCAUCAUGACCCAGAGUUGCCCAACUCCGCCUCAAUCCCGCAGGAAAUUCUUUUUGAAUCCUAAAGGAUUGAGGAGUCCUUUCACGUCCAGAUCGGUCAAACAACAAGGAGAUGUUGCAUUAUCAGCUGUAAUGACGUCAUCAACUACAUCGAACGAAGGGAAACAUUGGCCAAGCGUCGUUUUAGGAAAAAUCCGGUCGUUGUGGUUCGCAGGAAGCUCAAGCGCCAGCUUAGGACUCAACCAAUUAAUUACAGAUGACGAAGGCGGAUCUGUUAAACCACUCACAACUAAAUCAAAAUCAGCUGAAAGCGCAAUGUACAUGCGUUUGGGGUUAUUACUGGGCGAUAACGCGCGAAGAAAUAAAAAGCAACAUCAAUCCCGAACAACCCACGAAUCUUGUUCAUCACUCGCCAGUUAUGAUCACCCAGCAAUGAUGUCGACCAACACCAGCCCCGUUUCAACAUUAACCGGAAGCUCCGAAGAUCAACAAAGGAUCAAUCCGAGUUCGGAUAGCGUCGGUUCUUUGAUGUCGAUGUCGAUGUCCGGAGCCAGCAAUUGUAGUUCUAGUCCAGUUAGUAGAAGACACAGCGUCACAACAACCCAACCGGGUCAAGUUGAAGAUUUAAGCGUCUUCCAAUCGAGGAGAACUUGUAUAAGAAGAUCUGCGAGGACGGGAACGGUUCAAGGACCUGUUGAUCCGAAAAUUAGAUUCGCUCAGUAUCGAGUACCGCAAUUAACGUUAAAACCUUUAUUUUUUGAGGUGCCUUUACAAGAACCCGAUCCGUUGUUCAUUGGGAGAAGUUGGUUAAUUAAAGAGAUUGAAGAUACUUUAAAUGCUUCAUGUCCCGGUGUUUUAUUAACUGGAAAUCAAGGAACAGGAAAAACAGCUUUAAUCCUACAAUUAGUCGAAUACAGUUGUUUUGGGCGUCGAAAAGAACCAAUUUAUCAAACCCCAAACAGUCAAAUUUAUCAACAAAUCGAUGUUGGAAAUGAAAAUUUGAGGCGAUUAUCUUCAAACGUAGUCGCUUAUCAUUUCUGCCAGGCGGAUAAUAAUAAUACGUGUUUAGUUCCCGAUUUUAUACAUUCAUUAGCGGCUCAACUGUGCCAAGCGCCCCAAUUAGCCGCGUAUAGAUAUCAUUUAUUGAACGAACAGCAUCUACAAGCCGCUUUAUCUUUAAAGGAGUGCAUAGCAAAUCCUGAUUUGGCGUUAACAAGGGGGAUUUUGGAACCUCUUACGACGUUAAAACAAAAUGGGAAAAUUGAAGUGAAUUAUUGUAUCGUUUUGAUUGACGCUUUGUGUGAGGCGGAAUAUCAUCGGCCCGAUCAUGGGGAUACUAUUAUAUCAUUUUUGGCAAAACAUACGUAUCAUUUUCCAUCUUGGUUGAAAGUGAUUACAACGGUUAGGACUCAGUUACAAGAAGUUACGAAGCAAUUAAGAUAUAAUAAAAUUAGUUUGGAUAAUGUUGCUAGUAACGAAAAUAUUCAAAAAGAUAUUUUGGAUUAUAUCAAUUUGAGAGUGAAUCAAAGCACAUCGAUACAAAGUAAUAUAGCCUUAUCGACGACCGGAAGAAGUGAAAGUGGGAAUAUAACUCAACAUAAAUUUUCGCAAUAUUUAUUAAAUUUAAGUCACGGCUCCUUUUUAUUUUGCAAAUUAACGUUGGAUUUGUUAGAUAGAGGACAUUUAGUUGCGAAAUCUUCGGGUUACAAAGUUCUUCCGGUUACUUUGGCCCAAAUUUAUUUACUCCAUUUCAAUUUAAGAUUCCCGACGAUAAGAUCCUUUGAAAAAGUUACACACAUCCUCAGCGUUUGUCUUUCCGCUUUAUAUCCUUUAACCCUCCUUGAAAUUUAUUAUUCCGUAAAUUCUUUAUUGGUCGAUAAAUUUUUACCUUGGUCGGAAUUCCUUCAACGUUUCAAACUUCUUUCGGGCUUCCUCGUAAAACGUUUAGACAACACCUACAUGUUUUUCCAUCCAUCAUUCAGGGAGUGGCUAAUUAGAAGAGAUGACAACGAGGGGACGAAAUUUUUAUGCGAUUUAAGAGCCGGUCAUUGUGGGAUUGCUUUUAGAUUAUCGAGAGUGCAAGCGCCUUUAGAUGCGGAAAAAACUCUCGAGUUGGGUCAUCAUAUUUUAAAAGCGCAUGUUUAUAGAAAUAUGUCGGUUCAAACGACUUCGCCUAGAGAUCUUCAAGCAUAUUGGGUAGCGGAAAGUUCCGCGAAUAUUUCCGCGGCUAUUUGUACUCUAAGAAAUAUUUAUAACCCUAACGUAAAGGUGUCAAGAUUGUUGUUAUUAGCGGGUGCUUCCCCGGAUUAUGUCACGAAUUUUUUGGGGAAUGCCACUGUUUUGUGUAUGUAUGCAAGUGAAGGAAUCGUCCCGAUGGUAUCGCUUCUGUUGGAGUUUGGAGCAAACGUUGAAUUAACUAAUAGUCAAGGAUCAACUCCUUUAUCUUUAGCUUCAGCUAAAGGGCAUUGUGACAUCGUUCGGCAAUUAGUGGCUGCGGGAGCAAGUCCGGGGCAUGCGGAUACCGCGGGAUAUUGUUCGUUAGUUCACGCUGCAAGAAAUGGCUUUUUUAACGUUGUCGGAUACCUUUUAGCGUGUGAUUGGGUGAUUAAAAACCCGGAGGAAGAUGUUGGAUUAACCGAAGCGGCCCAACAGGCUUUAAUCGCAGCGUCCGGUCAUGGUCACACCGAUAUCGUGGAAUAUCUCCUCGAAAUGGCCGAUGUUCAAGUCGAUGAGUGCGAUUCUUUAAUCGGGGAAACCGCUUUAACAAUAGCAGCGACAAACGGUUACCCGAAUGUUGUUUCAGCUUUAGUAAAUCGAGGAGCAAACGUUUUAGUGACGAAUAAAAAAGAUGUCCCUCCGAUUCUUCUCGCCGUAAAAGAAGGUCAUUGGGCCGUUGUUGAACUCUUACUUCAACACAGUUCUAGCCCGGAAAUUUGUGAUGGAAAUGCAAGAUCCGGAUUAGCUUUAGCCGCCUCCGAAGGCCAUACUAGUAUAAUGGAGCUCUUUAUAAAUCGGGGCGCGAGUCUCGAAAAACCCGAUAAAGAUGGAUUAACUCCUUUAAGCUGGGCUUGUCUUCGGGGAAAGUUGCAGGCCGCUCAAUGUCUUUUAGAUAGAGGAGCUAAUUUAAAUCACACCGAUAAAACCGGGAGGACACCUUUAGAUUUGGCAGCGUUUCAAGGAAACCCCUCGGUCGUUCAAUUUUUAAUCGAAAAAGGUGCGAUUAUCGAGCACGUUGACAAAAAUGGGAUGAGACCUUUAGAUCGCGCAAUUGGGUGCAAAAAUAUCCAAGUUGUACAUUGCUUUUUGAAAAAAGGAGCAAAAUUGGGACCUGCUACAUGGGCCAUGGCUUCAGGCAAACCAGAGAUAAUGCUAAUUCUUCUUAAUAAACUCUUAGAAGAUGGAAACUUACUUUAUAGGAAGAGUAGAUUAAGAGAAGCCGCUCAUAGGUACCAAUAUGCACUUAAAAAAUUCCCCGUUGACGAUCAAGGAGAGCAUAACACAGCUUUUCAUCAAUUAAGAAUCAAUUUUCUUCUUAAUUAUUCGCGGUGUAAACGAAAAUUAAAUGAACCUGAUGAAGCAAUAGAAUUAGCUAGUGAAGUAUUAAUCACAAAACCGGAAUCUUACGAAGCUUAUUACGCAAGAGCGAAAGCUUACUUGGAUUUAAAACGAUACGAUCAAGCUUUAAUCGACGUAAAGGAAUCGAUGAAAUUAGCCCCGCAACAAAACGUCGAAGUCAGAAAGGUUUUGAGUUAUCUUUUAGAAGAUGUAACGAAUAAAAUAACAACAAACAAAAUUGGAAAUCAUAUGUCGAUAUCUGUUGAUGCUUUGCAUGAAUGAAAAAAAAAUACUUUUUAAUUUUAGUGCCUUAAAACAAUAAACAAAAACCCAGUGCCUUAUUUUAAGGACAAAUAGCUUUAAGACUGAUUUUAAAUGUUAAUCUUUGUAAAUGAUAAAUUUUGUAAAUAUAAUUCUUUUUUAUAUUUAAAAAGAAAGUAAUGUUAAGAAUUUAAUAAUAAUCUGGGUUUUUCUUUGAUAUAUCAUUCCCAAUUAAUAGAAAAAAUGAGAAUUUGUUUUUGUUAUUUAUUUGUAUAUUAUUAGUUUAUUUACAGAUAUUGUAACAAUUUUUAUUUUGAUUUUUUUUUGCUUACUUUAUGUAAAAUAUAGACAAAUUAUGCUGUGUUGAUCUCAUUUU